AAGGGGAAAAGACUUGAUGUUCAAUUUUUUAAAUAUCAAUCUAAAUUUUUUAAGAAAAAACUAUAAUCUCAUGUGUUUCGGACAAAAAAAAACAUAUCUCUUUACGAUAAAACAUUUUGUGGACACUGUAUUUCAUUUUAUAAAUUUUAUUAUUGCCAGCACUGAUAGUUUAGCUUCCACAUAUUGACAUUUCUGUGAAAAUUUUUAUUCAUGGAUUGUAAACAAAAUAUUCUUUUAUAAAAAUAUUGUAAAUAUAUACAAAUUUUAUACUGCACUGCUCAAAAUAACAAUAAACAGUAAAAUUUAAUUCAUUGUCAGAUACCAGUGCUAUUAAAAUGUCUUACUUAGUGAAUUUCAGUAAUGACACUGCCAAGCAAAUACUCAUUGAAAUCAUACGCACAGUAAAUCAGCCAGAGAACUCUAAGAAGCUGUCGGAAGCAAAAGCUUCAGCUGGGAAAGAAAUGUUGCUAAUGAUGCAGCACGUGUUUCCACUAGUUAUGCAAUUGCAAACGGAUGUAAUUAAAACUUAUGGUUUUCCAGGCAAUCGAGAGGGGCUUGUCCAGUUCUCGCAGUUGGUGCGCGAAAUGGAACGUGAAGAUGUGGAAAUCGCAAGAUUGCGCAGUCAAAUCCGAGCCAUCUACUUGCCGCCCAUAGCUAUAAAUACAACUAAUGAUAUUUUGAUAUGAGCGAAGAUUAUUUCAAUAACAAGACUGAAACCAAAAUAUGUAUUAACUAAAAUAGAACGCUCAAUAACAAGCGUUAAGCACAAUAAUGCAUUUAUCUAAAGACACACCGCUUAUAUAUACCUAUAAAAAUUGCAUAAUAUAUGCAUAUAUAAGAAAUAUUAAUAUAUUUUAAGUUAUUGCUUUUGUAAAACAUUAUUUAUGUAAAAGCAGCUUAAUAAACAAACAUUUACAUACCAACAUA